AUAUAGCAGCGUCUGGCCGAGGCGCGAAGCGCAUCUCACCAAGGCGGCACUGGAGAUCCGCGCCGAGAUGCCAAAGUCCGCGAUAGUGCGGCACGAGCCUUACGACCGUGCUCAGCAAGUAAGCAGGGACUCAGCGAGUAAGCCGUUAAGCGACCCGAUCUCAACAACUCCUCAUCGAUUGUGUACCUAAAGCGAGUCACUUCGGGUCUCGAAGAACGUACAUUAAGGUGACACAGGGGUAUCCGUUUCCUCGCAUCGCUCUCCUCAAAUCCUGAAGAGCAACUCCUCUGCCCACCUCAUCGGCUUCCUCUUCAUCUGUUGUCGAUCUCCAUCGGCUUUGCAACCAUGUCGUCUUCCACACAUCCUUCGGAGACCAUUCUGUCUCCCGAAGAGAAGCAUGUUGACGCAACGUCGUCACCAGAUCCCACUGCACCAAUCUCGCCGGCCGAGGAAAAGCUCACACCGGCAAAGGUAGCUGCACCUCCAACUCCCACUGUCCUCACCGCUCCAGCCUGGCUCUCCGUGGCAGGAGCCUCGGCCUGUCUCUUCUCGACUUUCGGAUUCUCAAACGCCUUUGGCGUAUUUCAAGACUACUAUGAAACGACUUUACUGCCAGACUCUUCGCCCAAUGCCAUUGCGUGGGUGGGAAGCGUAUCCUUUGGACUCAUCUUCUUAGGCGGAAUGGUAGGUGGCCUCUUGAUGGACCGCUUUGGCCCGCGUCCUCUGUUCAUCUAUCAAGCCAUCGUGUACCCGCUGUCGGCCAUGCUCACGAGCUUGUGCACAGAGUACUAUCAGAUUCUGCUAGCUCAAGGUAUCCUGCAGGGUCUGUCGCUGGCGUGCUCCUUCUCAGUACCAAUCGCCUGCUGUAUGAUCUGGUUCAAGGAGAAAAAGGGAAUUGCAAUUGGCAUCGUUGUAUCAUUUUCGUCCUUGGGAGGCGUCGUGUGGCCAAUCAUCGUCAAGGCUCUUCUGGACAAUGUCGGCUUUGGCUGGACCUGGCGCGCCAUUGGCUUCAUCGUCUUUGGUCUGCUAUGCUUCACCGCCGCAACGGUCACUUCACCUCUUCCGCAACACCAGACUAAUCUGAGACUCUUCAAAGGUAAAAGCACUAGCCCUGAGAAGGAGAGUGCGCCAGGACCUGCACCACCUCGCCAACCUUUCUUCUACGCAGAAGCCUUCCGACACUUGCCAUACGACUUGUUCGCUCUAGCCUACUUCUUCGUCUUCCUUGGCCUCACUUAUACAUUGUUCUUCCUGCCUACAUGGGGAGGUACAAAAGGCCUCAGCAGCAGCUUGCAAGUGUACUCACUGUCGAUACUCAAUGCUGCGAGCAUCUUUGGACGAUUGUUGGUGCCAAUUGCAGCGGACAAGCUGGGCGCCUUCAACUUGAUCAUCUUCUGCGCUGGAGCAUGUAUGAUCAUCGUCUUUGCCUCGAUGGGCGUGACAGGUCCAGCGGGCGUUCUCGUGGUAGGAGGCUUUUACGGUUUCACAUCGGGAGGCGUCAUCUCUCUCCUGGCCAGCUGCACCGCCUCUGUCACCCCAGACCUCCGACGUAUCUCCUCGGCCCUGGGACAACUCUCUGCCUGCGCAGCCGUUGCUGCACUCUUGGGCUCGCCCAUUUGCGGAUGGAUCAUUGCAUCCCCCGCUGGAUUUACGGGAGCACAGGGAUUCUCUGGUGGAAGUCUAGGAUUGGGCGCUCUGCUAAUGGUGAGUUGCGGAAAGGGACAACUCAGCGAGCAGGGUCUCAUUAGUACGAGAAGUAGAAAUGUUAGAAUGGCUGACUGACGUGUGUCCCACCCCCUCGUCCGGCUGACCAUUCUUUCCCCUGCAGGUGGUGACACGCCUGAGAUUGUCCCGAUCACUUGUAAAGGCAGUCUGAACCACAAUGUACUCUACUG